AUGGGUGUAAUCAGAAAAGCCACAGCCUCGCGAGGCAGCGAUGGAGGCACCAAAUACCACUGCGAUGUAUGCUCGAUAGACAUUACCUCGACUGUUCGCAUCAGCUGCGCCGAUCCUGCAUGUCGAGACUUCGACCUUUGUGUACAAUGUUUCGCCCGAGGUGGAAGAGACAAGAACCACGAUCCUCAGACGCACCCCUACCGAGUGGUGGAGCAGAAUUCCAUACCAAUAUAUACCGAUGACUGGGGCGCCGAUGAAGAGUUGUUAAUGCUAGAAGGGUCAGAGAGGUAUGGAUUGGGUUCUUGGGCUGACGUGGCCGAGCAUAUUGGCGGCUAUCGUGAGAAGGACGAAGUCAGAGAUCACUAUAUCCACACUUAUAUCGAAUCCUCGUUGUUUCCCUUGCCUGAGUUGGCCGACCCGAAGAACACUGAGAUCACCGAGCGCGUACCAAAAGAGGAGUUUCAAGCCAGGAAGAAACGGCGAAUAGAUGAAAGAAAAGAGGCCGCCAAGUCUGCCCAACCUGCCACACCCAAGCAGAAGCCUACUGCCUCCGUACCAGCAUGCCACGAAGUGCAAGGUUUUAUGCCUGGUCGCUUGGAAUUCGAGACUGAACAUCUUAACGACGCCGAAGAAGCUGUUCAACAUAUGACCUUCGAGCCUGGCGAAGGUAUUGACCCAACUACUGGUGAAAUGGACGAAGAGACCAUUCUAAAGAUGACGGUGUUCGAUAUCUACAACUCGAAACUGAUGCAACGAGCAGAACGCAAGAAAGUCAUCUUCGAACACCAGUUGCUUGAAUACAAAAAGAACCAGACACUUGCUAAGCGACGCACCAAGGAGGAAAACGACUUACUGCACAAAGCUAAACCAUUCGCUAAAAUGAUGAACCACGAUGACUUUGAGGCAUUUACCAAAGACUUGCUCUUGGAGCAUAAUCUUCGUCAAGCCAUCACACAACUUCAAGACUGGCGCCGGCACGGGGUCACGGACCUCAGGCAAGGUGAAAAAUACGAGCAAGAGAAGGCAGCUCGAGCAAUAAGGAUACAGCCUCAAGGCCAGUUUGAUAGGAUGACUCAGUACAACCCGAAGCGAAAGGAGAAGGAAACCGAGAACGUGCCAAGCGAAGCAUCAAGAAUGGUUGCGCCUGAUCUACCACUCCGUUUCCAGCGCAAGCCCAAAACGGCACCAAUAUUUGCCGAUAGCCAACCGGCUGUCGAGAACGAGUUUGAUAAAAUGUUCGCAGAAGGUAACGGAACUGAAUCAAAUUCGGCGCCCAAAGCGAAGACGCGAUAUGUGAUUCAGCCGUUGAAUGGAGUGACACCUUGGAAGCUGGAGGAGGAGAAAACCCUCGCACCAGAUCUGCAACUACUUAGUGAAGAAGAAAUCCAGCUUUGCAAUGUACUGCAUAUUCGACCGAAACCAUACCUGGCACUCAAGGAAGGACUUCUCCGGGAAGCCAUGAAGCAAGGUGGGGCGAUGAGGAAGAAGGAAGCCAGAGGGGUUUGUCGAAUUGAUGUAAACAAAGCCAAUCGGAUUUUCGAUUUUAUGACAUAUAGUGGAUGGAUAAUGAAGGCAUGA